AUGCGUUCUCCACUUUCGGAUCUCGCAAAGAGAGAACGUGUUUUUUCCUCUGACUUUCUCUCUCAUUCGCGGAGAGAAGAAAGCGGGCUUUGCUCCAGCUACCGCUAUCCUUGGGAAACCAAAAGAGCUACCGAAGGAAAGGGAUGCAGUCUCUCCCUUGGCCUUUGGAGAGGAGAGGGCAGAGAAGAAAACGUCCUUCGCGCAAGUUUCUUUGCUUCCUGCGUCCUUACUAGUAUAAAAGGGGCUCUUCGACCAAGAAGGCAUUCUGGUAGGAAGGCCGACCACUACAUAAGUGGCCAUCCGCCCAGGAGAGAAGCAAACUACCCUUUUUUGAUCCCCCUUCCCGGGCAGGGAAGAGAACGAAAAUGGACCGCAGAUGGUAGUCGUGGUUGA